AAAAAAAAAAAAACACUUUAAAAAUAAUAAUAUGUGUUGACAGCACAAUCGCCGACUUCUAUAGGGUUUUCUAAACCAAUUUUUCUUCUGUUCCUACGAUUCAUUCUCUUGGCCUCUGAUCGUGUAGCUUUCACUCUCUCACUCUUCGUAUCUGUCUCGGCCUCUGAUUGUAAUUUUCGUUCUGUGGUGGCUACUUAUGGUUUCAUCUCUGUUUCUGGAAAAUUGAGACCCCGGACACCAUUAGGUUGCGUUUGGAAAGCUAAGAAAGAAUUGAAUUUUGGUGUAAUUGGAGAUGGAACAAUCGCUAUCUUCUAUCACUUACAAAGGCUCCAUAGUUGCUGCAAUUGCUGAAGCCAAGAAGCAGAGGAAACUAUUUGUUGUUUUCAUUUCAGGUGAAGAUGCUGAGUCAAACAGUUUGGAAAAAACUACAUGGAAUGAUUUAAAGGUGGUAGAGUCGGUACAGAAGUAUUGCAUUCUAUUACAUUUCUAUGAAGGAAGUAAUGAUGCUGCACAGUUUUCUGCAAUAUACCCAUAUAAAUCUAUUCCUUGUGUAAUAGCGGUUGGAUACAAUGGCAUACAAGUUUGGCAAAAUGAGGGCUUUGUGAGUGCUGGAGUGCUAGCAUCCAGUUUAGAGAAAGCUUGGCUGAGCCUUCACAUACAGGAUACAACUGCUGCUGUCCUUAGUGCAGCUCUUUCUUCCAAGGCAUCAGAACCAUCAACUUCAAGAGUUUCUGGCUCUGCAUCUUCUGAUCAAGGAAGUUCAAAUUUAGAUGCUCAAUCACCUUCAACAGACAAAAGUAAAUCACCAGAUUCUAUAACCGAGGUUAACUCUGACAAUAAAAAGGAGGAUCAAAUUCGUCAACACACUGUUGAGGAUGCCACAACUUCAGACUUACAAGAAGUUAAUAAAACAGCAUGUGCUGGUAAGAAGCCCAUCUCAUCCACUAAAGUUGAUGACAAAGAAUUACAGUGUCCUACUGUAGUUAACCUGGAUAAUACUGGAGCCGAUCAUUCUUCUACGAGAGUUAAAGCUAAAUCUCUUGCUAUGAAAAAAGCUACUGGUAAUGAUGUAGAUGUUUCAGAUGGCGGGUCAAAAUCACUUAAAGUUAGUGAAGUUAAGCAAGAUGAUCAGGUGAAAGCUGUAGAUAGUAAGAAGCCUACCCAGGUUGAUAGCUGUGCUAAAGUCAACAGAAUGAAUGAUGUAUACUUAAACAUUCGCAUGCCCAAUGGUGGAAACUUGCAAGGCAAAUUCUCUGUAUCGAGCACUUUGAGAAUGGUAAAAGAAUAUGUUGUUGAACAUCAAGAUAGUAUCAUUGGCCCUUUCGAUCUUGCCAUUCCUUAUCCACGCAAGGUAUACAAUGGCCAAGAUUUAAGCAAAACCUUGUCAGAUUUGGGCUUGUUUGAUAGACAGGCAUUGAUUGUGGUUACUCAUCAAAGAGUGACUGAUCAACCAAUUUCAAGAAAUAUUGUUGAGUCCUCGAAUGAGAGUACUGAGGGUUAUUUUGCAUACGCGAAAAGAAUGUUUUCUUUCAUCAACCCUCUCUCCUAUCUUGGUGGUGGUUCUAGCUCUUCAAAUUCUGGACACCAAUCUCAACCUGGCGUGUGGGAAUACAGUCCAGUACAGAACAAUGGCAACCAAGAACAAAGGCCUCACUCAGCCUCUCCUCAAAGCCCUUCUGCAAGCAGCAGAAACAAUAGUAUGAGCAGGCAACCGACAACAUCCCGUUUUGGAAGCAAUGUUCACACUUUGAAGCAUGACGAAGAUGAUGAGCGAUUCAACGACAGAAAUUCUUUCUGGAAUGGUAACUCUACACAAUAUGGUGGUAAUGACAAUGGACACUAAUUGCACUGAGCUCUAAUUUGCUACGCAGCACCAGUUUCAUUGUGUCUACUUCCAAGCAAAUCUGAAAUUGGCCCUGAAAAUGACUGUAGAUGAAUUACCUUUGUGCAAACGCUGUUUUUUUUUUUUUUUUUUUUUUUUUUUUUUAAAAGAUAAUAUGGAGUCAAAAUAAGAAUGUUGAAAUGUAUAAACUGUUACAAAAAUAAUAUAUUUCAUAAAAGAGAAGCUGAAAUGAAGAAAUUGAAACUUUUAUAAUAA